AUGCCACGUAAGCUACGUAAGAAUAUACGUAAGAGGAAGGGAGCAUUGAAACAUCCAAUAGUAAAACUGACACCACAACAACAGUUGCAACAACAAAUGAUGAAUGACCCCACUAUGCUGCAACAAAUGUCAAGCAACCCUAUGCUUUUAAACCGAGUUAUUGGUGCACAGAGUGGAGGUUUAAGAGCGGCACUUUUAGCGAAAAUGGCAGGCUAUGGUGGAGCUGCAGACGGAACAGCUUAUAACCCUCAAAGUCAAAUGAAUUUGAGUUCACUCAAAAAUCAAAUAACAGAUGUCAAAAAGUCAAACAUAGACAUACAGAAACAAAUAAGUGAAAACGAAAAGAAACUAG